UUUUAUGGUAGCUCAUGUGCUUUGUCAUAUCACUCAAAUUUAUGAAAAAUAUCUACAAUUCCACUUCCUAACCCUGUAUCAUGGCCGUAGAUAAGAAAAGGAAAGCAGCUACCAAGGCAAAUAUAAAUUCAAGACUAACACAUUUCCUUCAAUCGAGUUUAUGGCAAAUAUGUCUUCUCAUUGCCUUAUGCGAUUUGGGACAUGCGCUUUUCUUUGUUGUCAAUGCGACCAUUUCGUUGCUCACGAAAUUCAAUAUAUACUCCACAUUGGCUGUCCUGGGAACUGUAUUUUGGGUGCUAGUCGUGGUGCUAUUAAUCGUUGGCCUCACGAUGCGGCGUCCUCUAUUAGUUAAAAUCUGGCUUAUCUUCUCAAUAAUUGGUUUCAUUGUGGAUAUAGGAUUUUCAAUAUGGGGUAUUGUGUCUUCUGUAACAGUGGAUGUGGAUCACCUAAAAGAAUUUUCCAUUAUAUUUGUGGGAGUUUUUAUCGAAAGCAUCUGCAUAUAUCUGGUGUAUAGGUACUAUUUAGGUAUGGAUCCGUGUCAACUUGUCGAUGAGCCCGAAAAGGGAAAGAAGAGAACCACAAAGAAGCAUCGGGAUGAAAAGGCGUGUAAAGAUAGCCAGAAGAGGUCCAAGGCGCACGAGAAGAAAACAGUUAAAAAGAAACCGGAAAAGAAGAAACCUACCAAAAAAUAAACAGUCUUGUUUCUGCAGCAAAAUCUA